CGCGGUGCAAAUCUAUGAUUAAAGGUGCUCUAUCUAUGUCUUUGGUGGUAUUGACAGAGUAUUGAUUGGUGGUAUUGAACUAUUUAUUUACUUACACACACAUGCACAGAUCCUGUGGCUGUGGGUGUAGUUUUGCUUUGCUUUGCUUUGCAAUGCGAACGAACGAAACGAAACCCAUUUGAUUUUCAGUCAAACAAACAACCCGAAUUAGGGACCAAACAACAUGUCUACAAAACUAAGAAAGGUGCAAGCGCAGCGCAAGUUCGCACAAGGCGCAUUCAUCCCUCCAAAUAUCAACAAUAAUAAUAUUGAGCGUCGUAGCGAGGCUACCGACAAGCCAGCCCCUCCACCUGCCAUCAUACAGAACAUGUCAGCGACAGAGCUGCUGGACAGGAUUUCAUUUAAUAACAUCCACACCCAUGAGACUCGUAAGAUGCCAAUAGUCCGCCUGGAGAGGCUCCCAGGAAUGCAACAAGAGCCCCCACCGGUGCAACCGGAGCGACCCCUCAGUACCUGGUCAUUUUUGUCAGAAUCUAUCUCCUCCUUCAAAAUGGCCAUGCCACUUAUAUACCGCUUGUUGCCAAAGGGCCAGAAAAAAACCAAGACACUAAAGAAAAGGGUGCCAAUUAAGAAAACUUCCAAGAUGAUUAAGAAGAAAAGAAUUGCUCGUGUCAUUAGACCUCAAAGGAAGACCACCAAACGGAAGAGGAGGUGUUGUACAGAGGACACCGAUACGGAGGACGACACGCCCCUCAAGUACCUGGUGAAAUCCAACAAGAAGCAUAAGACAGCUCCACAAACUGUUAACCACAGUCCCAGGGCAGCACUCUCCAGGAAUAACAAGAACCCAGCGAAACAAGGGCAAGGCUCCGCAAGCAGCCCAGACUGUGCCAGUUUCUACAGCGCGGACAACAUCGAGCGCUGGAUCUCAGCGGCUGUGGAGUCCUCAAACCAAUUCAAGGUGCCGCUCCCGCCCCGAGACAAACGCAAGACAAACGCUUGCAAGAGCAAAGUGACCCCUAAUGAUAAGGCGGACGGCCUUCCUGGCAAGACACAAGGACAAUCGGCAAAACUCGCCAAAUUGGACAAUUCCAAUGUUCCCGUAGAAGAUUACGUUCAUCGGCAGUCUUCAGAGGUGAACAUGCCAGGGACAUCCACACAGGUGGAAGGAUCAGUGACCGGCAGCGAUAGGUCGCUGUUGGACCGGGCGCAGACGCCGCAGGAGCGGCCGGCGUCCACCUGUCCGUCGGAGCGCUACGUGACGGUGCGCGACGUGGUGAGGGCCUCCAGCGAGGAGCGCCGCGCCCGCUGCAAGACGUGCAGCUUCUGCUCCCGCGCCUCCAAGGUCGAGAAACUGUCCCAGGUCGUCCAGGCCACCGCCGACGGACGCGCCCCGGACGUGUACGAAUUCGACAUCGAACGCGAGGGCAAUGACCCCUCAUUAAGAGGCUUCCGCUCCCGACGACGACCCGCCAACGAGGAGCCCAUCGCGACGGACUCCAACUAUGUCUACCUGGACAUCCUCCCGAACUCGAGCAAGCACGUCAUCCAAAUAAAACUCACCCCCGACAUCAAUAAAAAAAAGCCGAUGAUGCAAGCCCGCCUGAUGCCCAAGAACGCGGCGACAUCGCUCAAUGAAUACAACCUGGUGGAACAUGAAAACCUCUUCGAAAAAUUGAUUGAGACGCUCGAUUCUAAAUUACUGAAGCGACUGAACAUGGCCAAAUCGCCGGAUAAAAACGCAGCUGUCGCCGGCACCUCGAAAACCGUUAAAAACAAAGACGUGGACAACCAUAGCGCUGGGACAUCGAAGACUUUGGGGAAUUCAAAAUCAUCGCCACAAAGUAGUGUUAAACAUAAUAAAUCUGAUGAGUCUUCGAACGAAGCGCCUACCGUAACACGUAAAAGACGCGGGCGGCCGAAUAAGUUAAAGAUGGCUCCGAAACCUGUUCGCAGGGGUGUGACAAAAAGGCGACAAAUCCGUGCGACAAAUGGAAGAAAGCAUGCAGCUAAGAAUGGGGCUGUAUUGAGUCCGACGAGGUCGCUGGCGACCGCCGCGGCCUCCUCGGGCCUCGCGGACGGCGCAGGCGCAGACGAGAGCGGCCCGAACGCAGACAAAUCUAAAUCUAAUGCGGUCGUGCGCAACGCCCCCGUCUACUAUCCCACGGAAGAGGAAUUUAGUGACCCGGUCGCAUACUUCGAGAAAAUAAUGCCGACCGCAAGCAAGUUCGGUCUCUGCAAGGUGGUGGCGCCGGCGUCGUUCAAACCGAAGUGUACAGUCAACGACAAGAUCCGCUUCAACGUGUCGAACCAGUACAUCGCGCGGCUGUACACCCGCUGGGGCCCGGCCUGCAAGGAGAUGUGCGCCAUUAAGGCCUACCUAGCUACACAGGGCGUCCCUUUCAUACGAGCGCCGAUUUUGGACUCUCUGGAGGUGGACUUGCCGAAGCUGUACCGCACUGUGCAACGUCUGGGCGGCCUCAACACGGUCAUCGAGAAGAAGCUGUGGUGCCGAGUGGCUGAGCAGAUGCGCUUCGCCAAGGGGCCCAAGCUCGUCAAGAAACUCGACGAUAUAUAUGUCAAGUAUCUGCUGCCGUAUGACACCCUGUCCAGUCAGGAGCGCGAAGAUAUCAGGGCUGUAGUAAGCAAGCGUUGGCACAAGAAAAAUGAAAAAAUUCUACAGCGGAUGGCGAACCCAUUGGUCAGGGAGCAGCAGUUGCUGGGGGAGAGCGGGUCAUCGACCUCCGACACCGAGGAGGACAACCACGUCGCGUACGCCCUCACCGAGGCGGAGGACUGCAUCGUCACCGGGCCAAGGAUGACGCUGGCCAACUUUGCCAGAGUCGCACAAGCAGUUAAAGACCAAUACUUCCCGGACACGCCGGACCCCACUCCUCGGGAAGUCGAAGACGAAUACUGGCGUAUAGUGCUGCUUGCGGCUGAACACAUUUGCGUGAAUACCGCCUCAAUAGACACAGGCGAAGAGGGGUACGGGUUCCCCAAGAACAAGCAGGAUCCCUAUGGAAGGCACCCGUGGAAUCCAAAGGUGAUAUCCCAGAACCCAGGCAAUGUGUUGACGAUGCUGGGCCCACUGCUGGGGGUAACGGUGCCCACGCUCCACUUGGGCAUGAUCUUCUCGACCAGCUGCUGGCACCGCGACCCCCACGGCUUGCCCUGGAUGGAGUACAUGCAUAGCGGACCUGCCAAGAUAUGGUACGGGAUCCCAGACGACCAAAGUGCUGCAUUCCGCACGGCUGUGGAGCGCUUGUGCCCCACUUCCUGUCAGAACAAGUCCAUAUGGCUGCCGUCCGACAUCACUAUGAUCCCGCCCAAUUUCCUGCUGUCCAGCAAUGUGUCGCUGACCCGAGUGGAGCAGAAGCCAGGAGAGUACAUCAUAGUGUUCCCCAAAGCAUACUCCAGCUCCAUAUCGACUGGCUACACUCAGUCCGAGAGCGUCUACUUCGCGACCAACUCCUGGCUGAAAAGCGUCGACAAUGUCUUCCACGAGUUGAGAGACAGCUGCGAACCGACCAUGUUCUCCCUGGAGCAGCUUCUGAUCUCAGUGGCGGGCGACCCCCGCGCGCCCCCCAGCCUGCUGCAGCUGGUGCACACCACACUGACAACAAUUGUUGACGACGAGUUGCAGAACCGCCGCGACUUGAUGUUACUCGGGGUGGCCACGACCGCGUCCACGCCCAGGAAGAAGCCGGCUGCCGCAUGGAACGACGAGUGUGAAGUGUGCCGCGCCACGCUUUAUCUAUCCAAGGUGAUCGGAGUGCUCGAUAGGAAGUCAUCGGUUUGUCUGAAGCACGCGCUCCGCCUGCUGACGCCGAAGAAGAACAAGCCCGACGUGGCCGGGCUGCAGCUCGUGGAAUUCUUCACCAAACGCCAAUUAGAGGACGUCAUGGCCAAACUGCAGAGCGGGAUAUGCCCUCAGUGAAAAGUUCACUACGGAUUUUCACUGAAAAUCACUUUCAUCUCCGCACGUUCCCGUCCCGUUUGGGGAUGCGACGUCGCGAAGCCCGGGUGCUGGCGUACACAGACCUUGUAAGACAUGGUCUACUGGCCUAACAUGAAUUAAAAUGUAAUUUUGUUUUAGUUGUAAGGUUUAUUACCACCGAUUUGAUAAAAUCGAAUUAAGCCGGAUAGGGCCGACUUAAAAAUGGAGGAGUUGCAAGAUCUCAAAGAUAAUCAUUUAUUUAAUAAACGUAUAUGUAGUGUGUGAAAAUCGAUGUUAUAUAUAUGUAUAUAAGUUUUACGUGGUUCAACAAAUUGUCAAUUUCUUGUAAAACUGGACUUGUGAAACUUGACUUGUUUUUUAUGGACGGUAUGUGACUAAUGAAACGUCAUUCGUCUCUGUUGGAAUUUCAAAUGUUUAUACUGUGAUUCAUCGUGUUCAUCGUAAGCGGUCAUAUUUCUCGAAUGACUUUGUUUCAAAAGGAAAAAUUGUUCAAAGCAUGAAUUCAAUUGUGGCCUUUUUACACAAAUUUGAUUUGCAAAAUAAUCUUUUCUGUGUCUACUUUUGACAGAAACCACAUAUAUAUUAUCCCUAAUAAUUACAAGUAUUACAUAAUAUGUGUCACUACGUAAUAUAAUUGUGAAUGUGUUAGCAUAUUUUUUUUUUCUUAUAUAUCUUAAUCGAUCCUGCGGUUUAACCGCAAAUACUUAAUAGAAAGACAGUCAUUGCAUUUAUAUUAUUAGUAUUAGUGUGUUACUUGUAUUUUUGGCAUAUUUCUACGGAGAUUAAAAUAAAACCCGCGCAGUGCGAAUCGUGUUUAUAAAAAAAUCGAGCAAAAAAAAAAAGUAGUUAUAAUGAUAAAGUUACACGUCAAAUUUUCUUUCUUGACAGAUUGUGUUCACGUAUUGGACUGCCUAUAAAAUUUAAAACAAAAUUUUAUCUCAUGACUUUCUAAUGAUUCGUAUAUAGUUUUGUGAAAUGACAACAUAACUCUAUGUAUAAAUAAUUAUGUUUAGUUAUUUAUUGAUUGACGACCUAUUUGGAGGUCGCGAUAGAUUGUAAUGUAAAUUUUUGGCUUUAUAAACAAACAAAUUUAAGUCUUAAGAUUUAUUAUAGUAAGUAGUACGUAUAAGUCGCCUGCUUACUAUACUGCCGUCGAACACGAAAAUGUGCAAAGAUAGUUGCGGAAAUUAAUGUCAGUACCUUUCACUGUCAUGCCAGCUACUGGCCCGUGUCAAGUCAUAUUUUAGCACACGCUACCCACCCGACUUACACUUUACGCGUUUCCUUUACUUCUAAAUGUUCCACUAUAUUUUAGUGUUCGGCCACACUGAACUGGCAGUGAAUUGAGUCUAUGGCGGGGGCGACAAGCUUAGGCGUGAAGUGGCCAUAAUGAAGUCACAGGUGCGCGCACUGUAUAGCGAUUUAACGUAUGCAUGCAGGUGUCAACUAUUGAAGUUAACAUAUCAUAGACUGGAUGCGCCCCUGGGCUUCGCUCCCGUGGGAAUUUUGGGAUAAAAAGUACCCUAUGUGUUAUUCCAGGUUAUAUUCUACCCGUGUACCAAAUUUUAUAACAAUCCGUCCAGUAGAUUUCGCGUGAAAGAGUAACAAACAUUAUAAAAAAAUUGUUUAGGUUUCUAUUAGUAGCCCAUUUACAGUUUUAUAUAUAUUUGUAGAUAUAAAAUAACAAUCGUAAAACCAGUGAACCAUGUACGUGCGCUCCUGGUUUGUUACUCCUCCUGCCACCCGCGCCUUGGGUCGCUUGCUUAGUAGGCUUGGAACUAUGGCCCUAACGCGCUGAUAGGAGUUGUCAGAACGCUUGCUAACUGUCUCGCCCGGGUCCCGCCUCGCCUAAGUCAUUGUGACCAGAAAGACGAUUAGUUUGAAAUUUCACAUCCGCCCCAACACCCGCGCAAGCUCGCCAGUCCGGUCAAGGCGCUUCAUUAAUUGAUUAAAACAGCUCACUUCAAAAUUUGCUUCAUUCAAAUAGUGUUGCUGUCUCCAUAGAUAAAGCAGGCGCAGUUUGAAUCGUAAUCGAUGAUUUGUACUGUUGGCAUGAUUGUAACGAUUAUGAGAAAUUAUUAGAUAAGUUAUCCUUCACAGGGUAUUCAAAUUUUUAGCAUAAAUAAAAUAAUGAUAAGAUAAUUAAAGUUUGUCGGUAAAGAAAGCAUCAGUAUGUACUUCAAAAAUAAAUUUGAGUGUUAUUUAAAAAAAAUUGACGAACUACUCGUUGCUAUGUAAACCGCAUUGUUGUUUAGAGUUACUUACACUUGUUUGAUUUAUUGAUAAUUGUAAGAUGAGGUUGUGUUUAGUUUAGAAGAGAUUUUUGAUUUUUUUUUUUACUUUUUAUAUAUAAAUUUAUAGUUUAAUUUAUAAUAAUGUAUAGUUGUAUAAUUUGGUAUGUAUUUCGACAAUUUCGUACCAAGAAGUUAAAGUUUCAAACAUGUUUUGAACAUAAUUGUAUUCAAAAUUGGUGGCGUAGGGCCAAUGUAUCACACACAUUAAGUAUUAGAAUAUCGAUAUAUUUUAAGUACUUCACCCGAAUGGUCUCAAAGAAGACUAAAAAUUUAGGUUUAAGUGUUUAUCUCAUAAGACAAGUCAAUGUGAUUUAAACUUUCGAAGAAAACAUGAAAUUGAGUAUUACAUUCUUGUAAUCAAAAUGUAACGAUGUCUGAGGAAUAAAUAAAUGUGUGUGCUUAUUUAA